ACGACUUUUGGCGCACACACACUCUGCGUACAGGCGAAGAUAGACAGAGAUACAUACAUAUACACACACCAGCUAUAACACAGUCAUAUACACUCACACAUAUACACACACAGGGCUCAGACAGAGAGACCUUAGUGACAGGAGCGAGACGGAGGGAGAUUAAAAUUAGAUCAAGUACUUUUAUUUAGUUUUAUAAUAACUUCCAGAAGGAAUACAGGACAGAGUACAGAAAUCGCUUUUUCUUUUACAUUCCUUUCGUUUUAUUCACUUUUAUUUUAACAUUUCUUCAGCUUUUUUUACUUUUUUUCUGAACUGUCUCAGAUGUAGCUACAGCCGAGUUAGUAGUGUUAGUAGUCCAUUUCGCCUAUUUCAGGUGAGAAAAGGAAACUAAUUUCUUUCUUUUCACUUUUGUUUUUGUUUUAAGUUAACCAGCUUUAUUCACCUCACUUUUUCACUUUUUAACUUUUUCGCUGUCACUGUUUUUAACUCCCUCUCCGUCGCCCGCCGCUCCUAUGUGCUCAGCGCCAUGGCUGAAGCGGCACCGCGACACACGGUAGAGAUCGACCCGGACUUCGCGCCUCUCUCCCGGCCGCGCUCCUGCACAUGGCCGCUGCCCCGUCCGGAGCUCACCAACCCCGCGGACUCAGGCACGUGCUCGCCGGCGUCCUCCGGCCAGCGAGACGCGGCGGCUCCAGCGGGUCACGCAGACCUGGUCAGCGGCUUAGGCUUGCUGGAAGAGAAUGAGGACUAUGAGGAGCAGAAGGGGCUCGACUUUGACUGCGUCCACCAGCAACAGCAACAGCCGCAACAGCAUCAGCAGGUCUCCAGCCCACAGCUGGCUCAGCAGCAGCAGCAGCAUGUGCCGCUGCUGUCCUCCGUGUCUGGCCAGAGGAAGAGCAGCUCCUCCCGGCGCAACGCGUGGGGCAACAUGUCGUACGCGGACCUGAUCACCAAGGCCAUCGAGAGUUCCCCGGAAAAGCGGCUCACGCUCUCCCAGAUCUACGACUGGAUGGUGAAGAGCGUUCCUUACUUCAAGGACAAGGGGGACAGCAACAGCUCCGCCGGCUGGAAGAACUCAAUCCGGCACAACCUCUCUCUGCACAGCCGCUUUGUGCGGGUGCAGAACGAGGGGACAGGGAAAAGCUCAUGGUGGAUGCUCAACCCUGAGGGCGGCAAGAGUGGAAAGUCGCCCCGCCGUCGAGCUGCCUCCAUGGACAACACCGGCAAGUUCGCCAAGAGCAGAGGGCGUGCAGCCAAGAAAAAGCUGGCACUUCAAGGUGGUCCUGAAGGUGGUGCAGACAGCCCAGGCUCCCAGUACAGCAAGUGGCCUGGCAGCCCCAACUCCCACAGCAACGAUGACUUUGACGCCUGGACGGCUUUCCGCCCUCGCACCAGCUCCAACGCCAGCACGAUCAGCGGCCGCCUCUCGCCUUUCAUGCCAGAGCAGGACGACCUGGGCGACUCAGACAUGCACAUGGUCUACCCGGGACCUGGAUCCGGCACCAAGAUGACCUCCACCCUCCCGAGCCUUUCGGAGAUGGCUGGCUCCUUGGGCCACAGCAGCUCGGAGAACGUGAUGGAGAAUCUCUUGGACAAUCUCAACUUGCUCUCACCCAAGAAUCCGGGCGUGGGGUCUGCAGGAGGUCCAGGAACAGGCUCUAACCAGUCCUCGCCCUCAUCCCUCCUGCAGAGCAGCCCUGGAUACCCCCCGUACAGCUCCCCCGGCCUGGCCACCGUCAACCAGCAACCGCAGCAAGACUACCGCAAGUGCCUGUACGGUCAGGCCAGCAUGGGCAGUCUGUCACCCAUGUCCAUGCAGCCUCUGCCAGAGACUAAACCUAGUUUUGGAGGAGGCCCUGGAAGCAUGACCCAGUACAACUGCCCAGCAGGGCUCCUGAAGGAGCUUCUCACCUCAGAUGCUGAGCCACAUGGUGCAGACCUGAUGCCCUCUGUCGAUACGGUGGUGGUGUCCCAGUCUGCCAACUCUGCAGCACGCAUGCUGCCUCCCUACACCAGCAGCCGAGGUGAACUCAUGGGAGGCGGAGCCUCUCACAGCCACACCCUUUCUCACCCCCACACCAUGCACACUCAGGCUCCGCCCACCUCGGCAGCCAUGAACGGACGCACGCUGCACCCUCUGACCAGCAUGAGCCACCAGGCUGUGAGCGCACGCCUCGGCUCGGUAAAAUCAGCCAUGCAGAUGCAGUAUGGAACCUCCAGUCACAUGGGCGGAGGAGGAGGAGGAGGACUUUCCUUCUGCAGCCUCAACGGCAACGGAUACAGCCGCGGCCCAGGCCUGCCCCCUGAGCAGCACCAGCAUCACCUGGAGAAGCUGCCCAGCGAUCUGGAUGGCAUGCCUGUGGAACGUUUCGAGUGUGACAUGGAGUCCAUUCUGCAUGAUACUCUCAUGGACGGAGACUCACUGGACUUCAACUUUGACCCCAUGAUGAGCCAGCAGGGGUUCCCCCCACACGGUGUCAAGACCACCACUCACAGCUGGGUGUCAGGGUAGAGCUUUUCAGCCUCUCGCACUGAAGAGCAACAGCCCAAAGAGGCCACCCUCGCCCAUUCAAGCAAUGUUCUCUUCUCCUGCUUCUCAUCAAGAACGUUCCCCUGUUGUCCCUCUGCUCAGCUAUGGCUGUGAUAUGACCGCACACUGCCAAGGACGUUAGCCUGCAGCUCUUUUGCUGUAACGCACCUUCGAACCAAGUGCCAAACCAGGUGCCUGUACUACUCCUUAGCCAAAUCACGCGUGCUUUACAUUGCUGCCUUCUUCUCGCUAUGGAGAACCAGUGGUCAAAUCAGGGCAAAAAUCAGGGCAUGGUCUAGCGCCAUGGCCCAAAUAUCAGCCACAACACAUACAUACACAUGUAUAUAGACACACACCCAUGCACAUACAUGCUUAUACAUAUGCAAAUAUGCAUCACGUGCAUCAAUUAUCAUUAUGAUUAUUAGUACAAUCAGAUUCUAAACCUUCUAUUGAACUCAAAAGCUUUGAUUGAGUUUCCUAGCUUUAUAAUCAGACCCAGGUCUUUUAUCCUCAACAGCCCUUUAAGUUGACCAUUGUGUGAUAACAUCUCCUCUUUUCUCUACUUAUUAUACGCUAAUAGAGCUUAAACGUCGUCUGCCCGUGGCUUUCCAUCGGGCCUUCUUAUGUCUGUAUGCAGCUCUUUAUUAUAUGCCCUGGUUUCACAGUUGGCCUUACUGGGAAUGAGAACUGGAUCUGGAACUGAGGAUGAGUGUGUAUAUAGUCGUAUCUGGACAUGGUCCUCCAUCCACGGCAGGACCUGGAAGAAGUUUAGGGAAAACUAUCGGCCUACCCGGACUAUGUUACUUUAAAUAAAAUAAAACCAACUCUUUCUGUUCUCUCCUCGCCGUUUUCAGAAUCAGAGCAGAUGUACUACAUUUUUAACAGAGUAUAUUGCGAUCAUUGUCAUUGUACAGAGCGUUUACACAAAGAAUUCAGCAAUCAGGGCAGCAGAUUUAACGUGUUUUUUAGAACUGAAAGAAACUGGAUCUGACACUUGACAUUUCUGGGCUCAUCCUUACUUUUAAGGGUGCUUCUCAUUCAGACUGUGUACACGGUUCCACACUUUUGGCUUUGUAAAUACAUGGUAAAUAUAUAUAUGUGAGAAAGCAUAAAGUUGAUAUAAUAUUUGAGAUUUCUUUUUUGUUUCGAGAUUUUGUUAUAUGUAUUGGUAUUGUUAAUGUGUAUGGUUGGCUUUAGCUGAGAUUAGGUUAAGCUGUGUAUAAUGCAUGCACGUUUCAGCAGUGUUUUGGGUUCCUUAAAGGAGAAGUCCACCCAAUUUUCUUUUCUUUUUUUCUUUUUUUUAGUUUUUCAAAAUUUCUUAGUGUUCUUACCCUGAAAGCUCACUUCUUAGAUGAAAUCUGUACAGUUUAGGCCUCUCAGUUGUCCUUAAGGAUUAUUAAGGAUUGUUAUCUUACAUCAUUAAGGAUUGUUAUCUUAAGAGGCCACAUUUUUAGUGACUUUAUGAUUUUUCAGAGCUCACAUAUGACAAAAGACUCUCACGGUAAGAAAAAGCAUAGAAGUUUUGACUAACUAAUGGACAUGUCCUUUAAUAUUUCUCACAGAGGUCCUCAAUUCAAGAGUCUUGCAAUUGUGGCUUAUUUUGUAGUUUAGAAACUACAUGUACAGUGCGGGGCUCCCUCUGUUUUUUCAGAAAAGCUACAGUCCUCUGCCUUUAAGAAAGUGUAGGGAGUUUUAUUUACUUUUCUUUAUUUAUUAGAGUGAAGGAGCAGAGAUGUGAUUGAAUCACGUCGAAGAUUAUCACAAAUGUCUUGUAUUUGUGUUCUUUUCUCUCUUUCUGGAAUAAUGCAGGCACUGUGAUGUACAUGUCGAAAUGUUUGUGAUGUUCUGAGUUCUGUGUUGCCUUUAAAUUGAAUGAAAUCAGAAAAAAAAGAGAUGCCUUACUGAAGAUCUGACAGAAUAGCCCCACUCACUGCCUUCUGUCUAUCUAUCUAUAUUCUAUCAUUUUUCUGUUCCAUUUUCUAAUCACUGAUGCUUGAGCAGAAGUCCUCUCUGUUCCAGUGAGGACGAUUUUAAAUAUUAAACAUUACUGACACUCUCACAAUCCUCGUACCACCGUUAUGAAACAUGUGAGCUUUUCAUUUGUUUUAUUUCAUAUGACACCUCUAGCAUUUAUGCACAUUUCUUUAGCCUGAGGGCAGUUCUUAAAAUUCUUUUUAAACUGUUGGAUCAAACCUCAGAAGACCCCAGUUGAGAGAAGAGUAAAAACAUCUUGGGGAAUGGAGACUAGACUUCAAAGCUGAUAGCUGUCUUUUAUGAUAAUGCAUUUAUGUAUUCCAAUUCUGCUACAACUGCUAACAUGUCAUGUUCUAAUUUAUCUUGGAAUUUGAUACAAACACAGUUUGGUUUGUUUAAAACAGAUGGCACACAUUUUGGGGCCAAAUAAAUUUGGAAUGCAUGUUCUUAACUGUGAGUUAAGCUGCUUAAUACAAAGAAAACAACUCUCUCUAAACCUCACUGACACUGAAUUAUAAGCACAGGCAAGCAGAAAAUAUAACUCAGCUACAGAACCAGAACCAUCAGAAUCUUCAUUUUGUCUGGAUGUUAGAGGGCAGACAUUCAAAUUUGGAGGCAGAAGCAAUUAAAAGGACAACAAAGUCAGACUCAGCAGAAGAACCAGUCAAACUCUCACUUUUGAAGAAUCAGGUGACUUUUCCCAAAUAGUGAACCAGUGUGAAUUCUUUUUCUGCAAAAACUGCCUCACCUCAAUAACCUAAUAUUAUGCACUUAGGCACAGAUUCAUGCUGUGUGAAAUUUACUAAAUGUUAAUCACAGCAUUUGCUGCUACUUAUCGAAGAUUGGAUUAAAAGAGCUCUUCAGUUACAGGACUGUGUGAAUUUACAGGGUGAAAAUAAAUACGUAGGCCCAAACCCAUUUCUCUUUUGUACCACUACCCCUUGUUUUCAAGUGAAGGGGUGAAAUCCUCCCUCUAACAAUUGGGGCAAACUUUUCAAACUCCCGAUACAAAGUAUAGCAACCUAGCUGCUGGUUAACUAGUUAAGUUUAGAGCAUUGUAUGUCUUUAGAAAGGAAGGUGGUGCAGCAAUUAAUUAUUAUUGUCUGUUCCUUAAUUCCUCUGUAAUUUUUUUAUUUUAUUUUUAUGUUCCACCUUAAAUUGUGCAGCUUCUGCCAUCUGUUGCACCAUUUAGUGUGGAACAGGGAGAGUUAGCUAGCUAUCUAGCUACCAAGGCGUACUACUAGCGAUUUUCAUAGUUCUCUGUUUUGGAGUGCGCCUCUGACAAAUCUCUGUUUAAAGGGCCAUGUAGCCCUAAAAUCUCCCUCUACCUCUACAUCCUAAUAAGAUUUAGAAAAACCCUUCCCCAAGAAGUGAACACUCAAAACAGAAGUGUAGGGCUAAUUUGUAGGGCCAAAUGGUGAAAUGGGAUUGGGCCUUACACUGGGAUAUUUUAUUAUGUUAUAGAUGAGACUGUGGCCCAGUUGUCAUUUUUGGUCAAUUAGUCUUUCAGCCAUUGUUCUAUUUGCACACUUUAUCCAAAAUGUAUUGGAACCUAAUGAUGUAAAAUAAAGUAGUAGACACAGUGUCGGCUUACACCUUACUGUGUAUAAAGAUUUUUUUAACAUUUAAAAAAAUAUAUAUACAUGUAACUCUUCUACAGCACUGUUGUGAAAACGUACAAAGAAAGAGUGCAGAUUAAAACAGUUGAGUAAAACAAAAUGAAAGUUUGGUAUUUUCAAUGGUUGUACGAGGACAUCUCUCAUCUCUAUUCACAUUUCAGCACUUUUUUUUUUACUUUUUACUUUUUUACUAUAAGAAAUGCAAAACUUGGCCCUAUCGUAGAAGCCUUGAGGUAAUAGUGAAGCAGGCUGAAUAAGCAACGUUAAAAUGAUUAAGCGCAGUACAAAAUUGUAAGACUUGAAUCUGUUCUGCAGGCUGAACUAUUAGACUUCUUGAAUACUGACUUAUGUAAGAGGCACACACUUUGGAGCAAUUUAACAUUAUGUGAAAUCGUCUGCAGUUUGAAGUGCUGUGCAGCGGCUGCUCUUUAAAUGUCAAAAAUGUUAAAAGUGUUGGAGUUGUCGCUGAAACGCUCUCUCUUUAAGAAAUGGCAUUUUUUAUUUCUUUACAUGAGGUUAGUGUGGGACACACACACACACACACACACGUGUACACAUUGACAUACACACACACAUAUAUAUAUAUAUAUAUAUAUAUAUAUAUAUAUAUAUAUAUAUAUAUAUAUAUAUAUAUAUAUAUAUAUAUAUAUACAUAUACAUAUACAUAGGCAGUGGCUGAAAAUCUGCUGCAAUCCUCCUACUACAGAAAAUUAUUAAUAAACCUAUGAAUUAUACUUCUUGUGCAGGCCACUCAUUGUAAAGCAGAAACAGACUAUAUAUUUACUAUAUUAUAUGAUGGAGACAGAAAUCGUCUGUUAAUAUUAAUCUAUAGAUAUUAUUUCACACAUGGACAAAAGCUGAUCUGUAUUGUAUAUGCUUUGUUAAUUCAGCAAGUGCUCACACCUAUGCAUUCUUGUUGUUCAUUUAUUAUUUUUGUUACCGUUGGUUUGUUUUUACUGAUAACAAUAUAUAUAUAUAUAUAUAUAUUUCAUUUCAUGUACUUUGGAGUCGUGUGGAGAAGUUCUGAUGAUGUUAUGGUUAUGAUGAAAAACAGAAUAUGAAGUAUUUAGAGCGUAGAUUACCUUUUACAUGUAAAGCUUCUUUUGUAAACUGACUCUGUUAUUCUUGUAUCUUGCAGCAGUUUUUAAAUUAAAUAUGGAUAAAUGUAGAAAAAUAUAAAAAAGGCAAAAAAUGUGUAAUCUAACAAAAAAUCUAAUUUGAAAAAAAAAAUCUGUUUAUUAAGAUUAAGGGGUUUGGACCAAUUUUUUUUAUAUAAAAAAGAAUCUAUAAAUUAAGACAUUGCACUUUCAUAGAGGGACAAGACAGUGAAGAUGUGACCUAUUUUGAAACUAACUGUUACAUUUCUUAACUUAUGUAUAGAAAUGAUUUGAUUCACAAUCAGAAAUUCUAUAUAUAUAAAUAAAUAUAAAUAUACUGUAUAUGUAUGUAUGUAUCUUUGCAAUCAGCUUAUGUAGAAAGUAAUAAAUGAAUAAAGAGAGAGAUAAAGAUAUUGUUUGGAGAUUGUCAUUGUUAUGUUGACACGCCCUUAAUGAUCCAGUGCAUCUUUCUGUUAUACUUUCAGCUUAUUGGCGGUAAGCGAGUGUCGUAGCCAGUCUGUAUAAUGUGAGGCCAUAGCUCUCUGAUUUAGUUCUUGACGCAGUUGCCUGAUGUGCUUGUAUUCCCCAUACAACAACCAGACUAUGUUGCUGCUGUAUGAAGCCAUAUGUGUACAUAAAUGAUCUUACAUAAAGAAGA